AUGCCUGCCAUGGACACUAAACUUGCGAACAUGCGCUUGUUCGACAACCGCCAUCUACUCAAGGUGCAAAUCUUUCAGAUCAUCGUCAUUCACAUCGUGAUGGGUCUUUCCGGUGCCAGACUAUUCCUCCGAGCCAAAGGCGGACCGGUGACCCGAAACAACACUAUGUCUCUGGCUAUUGCCGCCAAGUCAAUGGUCUUCUUGGUAUACGAACUUAGCACCCAGCACUUUUCCAAGUUUCGCAGGUUUGCCAGUCUGAAGACAAACAUGAUCCUCAACUGUCUCGAGCCCCUAUUCUGGGGCGCUGUCGCCUUCUUGUCUAUCCAGGGAAACAUCCAACGAUGUGUGGGCGUUAGCUGCACCCUGAGCUGGGUGAUUGUCGGCGCUGCCAUCUUCCUCAAAGCUUCGCACAACAGUCUCAUCGCUGCUUAUGUCGCCGUUAUAUCAUACACCGAUUUUCGCUUCAUGCGCCGUACCGGCACGACCCGCGGCGCCUCUGUCGAUCGCAAAGCCCCACGAGCUACGGAGGAGAUAGUUUCAGCCGGGUCUGUUGAGGAGCAGGAGCUAGCGCCUCCGGUGAGAAAGACAGAGCGUACGAGCAGAGAACAAUGGACUCAUUAA